AUGCGUGGUCGUUCCAUUCACGCUCGUUCGUUGCUCAGGCAAUCGAGUCGUAACACACCAGCGAUAGCUUCAGUCUCGCCAGCAGCAAGGAACUUCAUCUCCAGCUGUGGUUCGCGAUCAACACGCCCGCAGUCUCGUCGAGCUUCUUCGGUGCUUUCUUCGUCAAAAUCGUCUAGCAGCUCUUCGCCUUCCAACGGCGGCAACUCGUCUUCCUCCGGCAGCAACAACAACAGCAGCUCCGCAUCAUCGUCAUCAUCCUCGGCUUCCAACGCCGCUGCUACCGAAAAGCACCUCUCUGCCUCGGCAGCAUCGCCCCUCGUCAAAGUCAAGGCUUCAUCUGCUCGUCUCGCCAAGGCAAGCAUCUCCCCCGCCAACCCACCUCCCUCUUCGCUCGCUAGGAUUGCAUGGGAGAACUUUUUCUCGAAUGAACGACCUCUGCUUCAGCACGAGAUGCUGCCACCACGUCCCAAGCGUGCUGGUGGAUUCGGCUCUUCGACGUCUCCCUCGGGUGGCACUUUGACUGCCAUCUUCACAACAGACGGCUCGCUUGCCACUUUUGGCAAUUUUGAUAGCGAAACACAUCAGCAGUGGAGGCGAAGGAUGCGAAAUAUCUCACCAGAACGAUUCGGCGAGCUCAUCGAUGGUCUUGCAGGUAUUGAGUCUGAAGCAGCCAGCGACACUACCAAAGACAGUGCUACACGCUGGCUUGUCUCGAGCUUUCACCCUGAAUCGGAUCGCGUAGCUGUCGAGUCGGCCAAGCUGGAAGAGGAAGAAAGGAUCAGGGAGGAAGAGGAGGAAGCAGUGCAAAAUGCACUCGAACGCGGCGAAGAUGCCGAAACAGCACGCAAGCUUGGUGCUGAAGCGGAUCUCAUCAUCUUGGGUGAACCGCACGGUCCUUCGGCCGAAUGGUCGCGUGGUGUGGCUACUUAUCUUGCCGAAAAGGGUCGUGCUUACGAAGCUCCACCGGCGCCUGUUGCCGGUGAUGCUGCUGAAGCAGCUGAGCUCGAACCUGUUCAUGUCUCGAGCAGCGUCUUUUUCACCGAUGACGAUCCCAACUUGAUGCUCUCGCACGCUUUGGUUCAGUCGACACUGCCGCUUGCGCUGAAGUGGGACAAGCUGGUUGCGCAGAUGGACGCUGUUGCAUUGAACGACCCAUUACGAGCUGACAAUGUAGUGGACACGACCAAGUUGGAUGCCAAACUCGAGAAUGUGAAGGGCAAGCACGGGGAAGUGGGACCUUUGCUGGCAGCACACAACAUUAUGAUGGACAGUGUGAGGAGAAAGAGGAGAAAGAAGAUCAGAAAGCACAAGUAUAAGAAGUUGCGUAAGACGCAACGCGCUGAGCGACAGAAGAUGAAGAAGUAG